UUCUUGUGUAUUCCGCCGGUUGAACAAAAACAGCUACGGGGUGCGCAACUGCAUGCAGAUAAUUUUAACGUUUAAAACGUAUUACAGCAUAGUUUACAAUUGAAUGACAAUCCGAGUGGGCACAAGUAGAAUACUUCGAAUUUCAUUGAUGUCCAAAUAUUUGUAGCGAAGCAAAUAAAUGCGAAUCAAGAAGAGGUUAUUUGCAGUUCGAAAUGACUUUCCCGGCAGCUCCUGAAAAUAGCCUCGAGUUGCAAGAACGUUACUUGGACAGUGCUGAUGGAAAUUCAACACGAAUUUCGCAUGCCGAAGUUCCGAAUGAAGAAAUCUUCGAUGCUGCAGCAAGAGAGGAUGUUAAAACGGACCUUCAAAUUGCGGCUAAAAAAGGUUGCGAAGAUGACAUACAAAAGCUUUUGACAGAAAAAGCUGACUUGAAAUAUGCUCUUUUACGAUGCGUUUAUGAGAACGAUCUUCAAUGCCUAGAAGAGUUGCUGACAUAUCACAAAAAAUCAGACGACCGCUUGCUCGAGCCAAUUAUAAAGGCAGCUCAAUUGGGUCACUACAAGAUUGUAGAACACUUCAUGUCAAAGGAUUACCUUAUCGAUGAUCCGGACAAGUGUGAAUACAAAAGUGAACGGUGCAAGCUAAAUUCGGAGAUGCUUCGUUCACGAAUUGCCAUAAAUUGCUUCAGAGGGCUUUCAAGUCCCGUCUAUAUGUGUUUAGGUUACUUAGAAGACAAGAUCAAAGAUAACAAAGGCAACACAAUAGACCCCCUUUCUCAGGCGUUUGAAUUAAAUAAGAAGUUACAAAAACGCGCGAGAGAUGAGCCUGAACUGAAGAAGGAGUACAUGGAAUUGUCAGACAAAUGCAAGACGUUCACGACGGAACUAAACAGUGCUUGCAGAGACAAAGAGGAUCUUAUGGCUCUGUUAGAUAUCGACGAAAAACAUUUUGCCCCGAAUGAUGAUGAGAAGGAUGAUGAGAAUGUAAAGAAAGAAAGCAGUUCUGCGGUAGCAACUUCAUUGAAAAAGGCCAUCAACAGUAAUGACAAGGAGUUUGUAGCCCAUCCUCAUACUCAAAUGUUGGUCAACUUCGUCGUAUACUCGGGCCUUCCAAAGAAUAUCCAAAGAACACGCAUUGUUUACCGUCUGUUUUUAUUUAUCUUCUACACGAUUUUCUUCCCUGUCUUUGCGUUACAAUACCUCUUCUGUCCUUGUUCAAAAAUUUCAAAAAUGAUGUCCACUCCAUACCUGAAGUUUGUCAGCCAUAUUUCGCAGUUCAUAAUCUUUCUUUUCCUGAUUGCUGGCUCCUCGCUGCGAGAUAACCACACUCCAACAGUCAUAGAAUAUAUCAUUUUCCUAACUGUCAUCGGAAUGGUAUGUCAGGAGAUUCGUGAAAUGCGAUGCCAUGAUCGCCAAAUGAAUUAUGUCUUCAAGUGGUGGAACAUCAACAUGAUCAUAAUGCUGACUUUGUUUGUCAUGGCAGGAUUAAGUUGGAUUGCUGGUUUUGCCAUCACGGGGGGUUGGUCAAUCAAAGACUACUCCGUUAGGAAAUACGCCAAGAACAAAGAUGGAUAUAAUUUACUUUUACUGGGAAAUAGCUUUUUCUCAGUGGCGAGUGUCUUCAGCGUUAUUCACUUGAUUGAUUUUUGUCAGGUCAACUCCAGGUUAGGGCCGCUGCAGUUAUCACUAUAUCGUAUGAUUCAAGAUGUCGUGAAAUUUCUGAUAUUAUUUUCUGCCAUUUUCCUCGCAUUUGUCAUGGGUUUAAGAAACCUUUAUUCGUACUACAACAGCAUUCAAGACGAGAUUAUCAAAGAAAACAAAAAUCUCAGCGACAGACGAAUCUUAGAAGAUACCAACAAAAGGUUUUCAACUCUUUUUCAAUCGUCAAAACAUAUGUUUUGGGCGCUCUUCGACAAAAUCGAGUUAAGCGACUUUGAUACGAAAGACUCGACGUUUGAAAUCACACAAGAAACUGGCAGAUUGCUAUUCGCAAUGUACUCAAUCCUUGCUGUCUUGAUAGCACUCAACAUGCUCAUUGCAAUGAUGAGUCAUUCAUACGACUAUAUCUCGCAAGACGACGACAUCCAGUGGAAGUUCAGUCGAACAAAAUUGUGGCUGGAAUUCAUGGAAAAAGGAAGUACUUUACCAGCUCCGUACAAUCUAAUAUCGAUUGUGAUUGAACUGUUUUGCAAGUUAAAGCAAAGACUCAAAAGAGAAAGUGGCGAUACCCAUUCGAAAGAUCAACCCAGUAGAGACGAAGCACAAGACAAGAGAAAAGAGAUAAUCAAACGCCUAAUUCGACGAUACGUCCUAGCACAAAAAGCUCGGGAAAAACAAUGUUUGGGAACAGCUAAGGACAUGGAGGAAAGCAAAAUUUGUCUUCAUUUGCUGGUAUCGAAACUGUUCCUGCAAUUAGAUGUUUGUAUCUGUAUGAAAGAGGAAGCAAAUAAAUACGAAUCAAGGAGAGGUUCUUUGAAGUUCGAAAUGACUUUCGCAGCUUCUCAUACUAACCUCGAGUUGCAAGCACUUCACUUGGACAGUGCUGAUGGAAAUUCAACACGAAUUUCGGAUGCCGGAGUUUCGAAUGAAGAAUUCUUCAAUGCUGUAGCAAGUGGGGAUGUUGAAGCAGUCCAGAGUAAAAUCAAAAACACCAACAAUCCAGUUGACUUUAACGCCAUAAACUCAGAUGGCAAAACGGCGCUUCAAAUUGCGGCUGAAAACGAUCGCAAAGAUGUCAUAGAAAAGCUUUUGACAGAAAAAGCUGACUUGAAAUAUGCUCUUUUACGAUGCGUUUAUGAGAACGAUCUUCAAUGCCUAGAAGUGUUGCUGACAUAUCACGAAAACUCAGACGACCGCUUGCUCGCACCAACUAUAAAGGCAGCUCAAUUGCGUCACUACGAGAUUGUAGAACACCUUAUGUCAAAAGGCUACUUUAUCGAUGAUCCGGACAAGUGUGAAUACAAAAGUGAAUCGUGCAAGCUAAAUUCGGAGAUGCUUCGUUCACAAAUUGCCAUAAAUUGCUUCAGAGGGCUUUCAAGUCCCGUCCAUAUGUGUUUAGGUUACUUAAAAGACAAGAUCAAAGAUAACAAAGGCAACACAAUAGACCCGCUUUCUCAGGCGUUUGAAUUAAAUAAGAAGUUACAAAAACGUGCGAGAGAUGAGCCUGAACUGAGGAAGGAGUACAUGGAAUUGUCAGACAAAUGCAAGACGUUCACGGCGGAGCUAAACAGUGCUUGCAGAAACAAGGAGGAUCUUAUGGCUCUGUUAGAUAUCGACCAAAAACAUUUUGCCCCGAAUGAUGAUGAGAAUGAUGGUGAGAAUGUAAAGAAAGAAAGCUGUUCUGAGGUAGUAACUUCAUUGAAAAAGGCCAUCAACAGUAAUGACAAGGAGUUUGUAGCCCAUCCUCAUACUCAAAUGUUGGUCAACUUCGUCGUAUACUCGGGCUUUCCGAAGAAUAUCCAAAGAACACGCAUUGUUUACCGUCUGUUUUUAUUUAUCUUCUACACGAUUUUCUUCCCUGUCUUUGCGUUACAAUACCUCUUCUGUCCUUGUUCAAAAAUUUCAAUAAUGAUGUCCACUCCAUACAUGAAGUUUGUCAGCCAUAUUUCGCAGUUCAUAAUCUUUCUUUUCCUGAUUGCUGGCUCCUCGCUGCGAGAUAACCACACUCCAACAGUCAUAGAAUAUAUCAUUUUCCUAACUGUCAUCGGAAUGGUAUGUCAGGAGAUUCGUGAAAUGCGAUGCCAUGAUCGCCAAAUGAAUUAUGUCUUCAAGUGGUGGAACAUCAACAUGAUCAUAAUGCUGACUUUGUUUGUCAUGGCAGGAUUAAGUUGGAUUGCUGGUUUUGCCAUCACGGGGGGUUGGUCAAUCAAAGACUACUCCGUUAGGAAAUACGCCAAGAACAAAGAUGGAUAUAAUUUACUUUUACUGGGAAAUAGCUUUUUCUCAGUGGCGACUGUCUUCAGCGUUAUUCACUUGAUUGAUUUUUGUCAGGUCAACUCCACGUUAGGGCCGCUGCAGUUAUCACUACAUCGUAUGAUUCAAGAUGUCGUGAAAUUUCUGAUCUUAUUUUCUGCCAUUUUCCUUGCAUUUGCCAUGGGUUUAAGAAACCUUUAUUCGUACUACAACAGCAUUCAAGACGAGAUUAUCAAAGAAAACAAAAAUCUCAGCGACAAACGAAUCUUAGAAGAUACCAACAAAAUGUUUUCAACUCUUUUUCAAUCGUCAAAACAUAUGUUUUGGGCGCUCUUUGACAAAAUCGAGUUAAGCAACUUUGAUACGAAAGACUCGACGUUUGAAAUCACACAAGAAACCGGCAGAUUGCUAUUCGCAAUGUACUCAAUCCUUGUUGUCUUGAUAGCACUCAACAUGCUCAUUGCAAUGAUGAGUCAUUCAUACGACUAUAUCUCGCAAGACGACGACAUCCAGUGGAAGUUCAGUCGAACAAAAUUGUGGCUGGAAUUCAUGGAAAAAGGAAGUACUUUACCAGCUCCGUACAAUCUAAUAUCGAUUGUGAUUCAACUGUUUUGCAAGUUAAAUCAAAGACUCAAAGGAGAAGUUGGCGAUAGCCAUUCGACAGAUCAAACCAGUAGAGACGAAGCACAAGACAAGGUACGGGUAGCGAGAUGCAAAUAUGCAAGUUCUUGUUCAGAUCUUCGUAAACAUUUGAGAAAAAAGAUAAUGAAACGCCUAAUUCGACGAUACUUCCAAGCACAAGAAGCACGGGUAAAACAAUGAUUGGGAACAGCUAAGGACAUGGAAGAAAGCAAAAUCUAAAUCAUCAAAGAACAACGCAUGCAAAUGAAACGUCUCGACGUCUUUUAAAAUAAAUUCACACAUAUCUAUCACACAAAAUCCAUUACCAACCGACAAUUUUAUGUAAUAUAAAAUGAAGCAUACUCCGAAUAAAAAGUUCAUGUUCAACUCAAUAUUUGAGAAGGAAACAAGACAAUUGUUAUUUGAACAGUUAUAUUUCGAAUUUGUAACAAAUUCAUCAUCAGACUAUAUGUAACAAAUUCAUCAUCAGACUAUAUGUAACAAAUUCGAAAUAUAAAGAUUGAAAUAAAAUUGUCUUGUUUCCUGCUCAAAUGAGUUAAACAUGAACUUUUUAUUCGGAGUAUGCCUCAUUUUGUACUGUUACACAAAUCACAAAAAUUUUAUGUCAAACUUAACAUCGUUGUAUAGAUGUAUGGAAGACCUUUUUUUAUGAAAACUUGAGUGCAAUUUGUGUGUGUCACCUGUUAAAGUUAUUUUGAUUGUGAUUGCCUCUGUUGUUUUAGUAGCAUCAAAAGAACGAUUUGUGUAAAAAUUAACGACCCUCUUAUAUGAAUUGGUCAAUUAGAUUUUUCUUUUCUGAAGUAAUAAAUUUUAAGACAACUCAUUGUUCUUCUCUUUUAUUCCGCGGAAUAUUAAUUGCCAAAACUCUUUUAUUCCGCGGAAUAUUAAGUGCCAAAACACUUUUAUUCCGCGGAAUAUUAAUUGCCAAAACUCUUUUAUUCCGCGGAAUAUUAAGUGCCAAAACACUUCGUUCAAUGAAGUGUUGGUUGUACGUGGUGAAAUAAACAUUCGAGUCAGUUUCUUAGCUGCUGUUCGCAACAAGUGGUACGAGCAUCUAGCAAAACGAAAUGUUGAGUGUGAGAAUGUAUUACAAACUGAAAUAUAUCAAAGACAUGAAAAGGGAGGAGGAACUUCAAUCUCAAGAAGAAAUGCGAAAUGUUAUUGUAUGUUUUUGUUACAUAAGUUGUAUCUAUAUGAUGUGUGUGAAAGUACAUGUGUAGUGUGCUCAGUUUUUUA